AGUUUUUCUUAUACGUCCGCGAACGAAGGAGGUUUGAUGAAUUAUGGAGUCAUGACUUCGGUUAGUGGUGAUGUUAACACGUCCAAGUUGAAAUUCAGUGUUGAUAGUAUUCUGGGUAACAAUGAGAGUCGUCAGGAUGGUUCUGUGUCGGAGGUCAGAGGACAGGAGCCGCCCUGUGCGGGAUGUGUCGCUGCACUUUACAGAUGCUGUAGAGAUGAGCCUCCCCUACUGCAGCUACAAUUGCCUUUACCAUAUGCACAUCUGCAUCCAGCGUUGAGGCCCACCUCAGCUGUCUAUCGCUUGCCUCUGCCGACAUCGUCUCCAACACAAUCAUCUGCGCCACGUUGUGACGUUUCGUCGAGCGGUAAAAGAAAACGUUCGUGGUCGCGAGCUGUUUUUAGUAACCUUCAGAGGAAAGGCUUGGAGAGACGGUUUCAAAUACAAAAAUACAUUACCAAGCCUGAUAGGAGGCAGCUAGCCGCCACCCUCGGUCUGACUGAUGCUCAGGUGAAAGUGUGGUUUCAAAAUCGUCGUAUGAAAUGGCGUCACACGAAAGAAGGUAGAGGGUUGGCGGGAACGAGAGACACAGACACCGCAGUCCAUGAAGAUAAUGAAGAUGUCGAUGUUGAUACACUUAGCGAUUAAAAUUAAAUCUAAAUAAACUUAUUUAGAACGAAAAAUAAUCGUCAGUUUAAGAUUAAACAGCUAAUAAGAAAAAAAAUGUGGUGAAUAACAUUCGCUGUUUACUUUUUGACAGUUUGAUAAAAAAUUUAAAAGUACUCGAUUCGGCAGUGCAUACUCUAUAAUUGGAACGAUACAGAUACUAUAAAUAAUGACAGACGAAAACGUGAAGCGUUACACAUAUUUAAGUUUAGGACCUAUUGAAACCACUCGCCAGCAACGCUAUCAAAGCCAAUAAGGAUAACAGCAACAAUCAAGUGGAAGGUAGUAGAUAUUUAUUGUUAAAGGAAAGUAAGUCUUAUUGUUAGAUGAAAUAUUAGUAAAAUAUAUUGAUAUACAAUUUCUGUACACUUAGUUUUUCGAAGAUAAUUAAAAAAUAUAGACUUGUCUAUCUAUAGUCUUAUAAUCUUUAACUUUAAUUAAAUAAUGUGUACUUUGUAAAGCUUUAAAACCAAAAUCGGUGGAAAUUAAGAACUAUUUUUAGGUAUUCAUAUUAAACGUACGUGACAACUAGUGUUAAGUCAUAAUUGUAACGUUAAAAAUAAGUAAAAUAUUAAGAUACAAAUAACUUUAUUAUUUUUAAUUAAAUGUAUAAAUUGUACAGAUCACAUAAAUGAAAAGUCAUUUUUGGAAUAAAAGUUUAUUAUAUUGUCUUAUCUAGUUACAAUAUAAACAAGCACACUA